AUGGCUGCCAGUGAAACAAAAAAAUAUCCACUGGGAUCUCCUCUGGUGCACAUUAAAACAUGUGAAUUCCAUGAAUUGCCUAUUGAUAUUGUAUGUGAGGACUGUGAUGAAUUGAUUUGCAGCAAUUGUGCCAAAACAGAUCAUAGAGAUCAUGAUUGGAAAACUCUUACCACGGCAGCCAUUGAAAGGAGGAGGGGUCUGCGGGAAUUUCUGAAGAAGAUCAAGGAAGAGGAUCUGCCUGAAAUUAAUAAGAAGAUGGAGAAGAUUCCACAGCAGAUCACAGAAAAUAAAGAACUGUGUGAUUUUGAGACUAAAAGACUACAGACGCACUUUGAUAAGAUAAUUGCAGAGCUUACAAAAUUCAAAAAACUUCAGGAAAAAAUACUAAGGGACGAUUUGAUAAAAACGACUGACCAACUCAACCUGAUUAAGUCUGAGUUAGAGAAGAAGAAGAGGGUGAUCGUUAACACAGUGGAAUUUAUGGAGGAGAACAACAGCACCAUGUCAGAUUACGGCUUGAUUGACAACCAAAGAGAUCUGACAAAAAUGCCGUCUGAAUUGGAGAUUGAUAUGACAAACUGUGAAUAUUCGGUAAGGUUUAUUAGAGGGGAAAUCAAUGAUAACUUACUUAAAUUUUUGUUCGGAAAGACAUUGGAUUUAAGUGCUAUUGAUGUGGCUCAAAUAAAGUCAUUUCAAUAUGGAGAUAAAGAAAUACUUUACUUGGAGGCAAUAAGUGAAGAUCAAUGUUACAUAAAAGAACGUGGAUCACAAUGCAUAGAAAAGGUUAACCAACAAGGCACAAAAGUACAUAGAAUUAGUAUCACUGCUAAUAACAUGUGUGUGACUGAUAAUGGUGAUGUUUAUUUCACUAACUUCAGUAACCAUUCCAUCAGCUGUCUCUCACCAUCAGGAACUGUCUCUACAGUCACCAGUACAGAUUCACUGCAACCAGAAGGAAUCUGUCAGUCAGUGGACUUUGGACUACUGGUCACCUUGAGAGAUUUUCAAUUAAAUCCUUACAAAUUAGAGUCACACAGCAGACGUCUGGUGAGACACAUCACAGUGUCAGGUGACGUCAUCCAUGAGUAUGAGUACCAGGAGGACGGUCAGACCAGAUUGUUUACACAUCCACUCAGGGUCACACAGAACAGUAAUAGUGAUCUCUGUGUUGUGAACAGUAUAAGUUUAACUACCGGUGAAGUAGUGAUUCUGUCUCCCUCUGGUCGUAUGAAAUCUGUAUACCGUGGACAGAACCUGACAAAGAAAUUUGAUCCAACUGAUAUAGUGUGUGACUCCCUCUGUAACAUCCUUGUUACUGAUUAUAACAACAAACAGAUCCAUCUACUGAGUCCUGAUGGGGAGUUCCUGAAGUUCUUACUGACGGACAAUGAAGUGAUCCGUCCAGUCAGAUUUUCACUACACAAGUCUACACUGUGGGUGGGAUGCAGGGAAGGGGUUGUCAAAGUGUUUCAGUACAGACUCUGA